AUGGCUGAAUGGACUGCUUGUAAUAGUUGUGCGAUUGAGGCGAGCAAAACAACAUUGGUUUUAACAACUUGUUAUCAUAUUUUCUGCUCGCCGUGCUUCAAAAGAGGUAAGAAAUUGAUUUUUCCUUCAAAACUUCGAGAAAAAAAAUUCCAGGCAAAUGCCCGCUAUGCAACAUAAAUGUUCAAACCAUCGAAAUCAACAAAAACUUGCCACCACAUCUUUUGCAACUAUUCCAAGAUCCAAAAGAUCGCGAAGCCGAAAAUCAUCGAUUGGUAGCCCGUGUCGUCGAAUUUCAAAGUUUUCAUCGAACAAAUUUAUUGGAACUCGACAAGAAAAGCUUGGCCGAAUCGAAGAGAAACUUGUUGAAACGGAUAGCUGAAGUUGACGAUGGAGAGAAACUGAAGGCGGCCAAAUAUAGUUUGGAUAGUCGAGUUGCUCAGAAAAAAGUGCAAUGUGCACAAUUGGAGAAGUUGUGAGUCUUAAAUUUUGCAACAAAACUAUAAGGAUCUAAUUUUCAGGCUUGCUAAAGAAGAACGUGAAACGACUCAACUCAAACACGAAAAACAACGAAUCCAGGAGCAAAAAAGAGCAAUGGAGCAAAGAAAAAAGCUGCAAAUUCAGCCGCGCGACAAGAAACCAAAAAUCCACCGGGAAACUCAAAAUUUUGCGCCAACUUCUGGCGAAGUUUUUCCAAGUUUUAUGUUCGAAUCUCCAACUCCAUCAUCUAUGCGAAGUUCUUCUUCUUCAACAUCGAAUUCACUUGACAAUAAUUCAUUUUUCGAUUUCAAUUUUUUGGGAAUUCCAAGCUCAAAAUCAAGAUGUUCGGGUUCUUCAAGAUCUUCAACUUCGUCUUCUUAUCGAUCCGAUGAGCCGCUUUUUUGA